AUGAGAGAGAGAGAGAGUCAAAGACAGUCAACUAGAGAGAGGGAGAGAGAGAAAGAGAGAGAGAGGAGAGGAGGGAGGAGUGGAGCCUGACGCAGUGUGAGAGGCAGAAACUGAGAGGAGACAGAGAGCGAGGGAGACAGAGGCGAGGAGGCAGCACAUCACAUCAGGCGCCGUUUUGCAUCUCAAAAAUCUUGACGCGGGUGAAUCUCCACACUGGCUGCUGCUGCUGCUGCUGCUGCUGCUGCUGUGACCACCGAGCCCCUUCCCGGUCACUGCUCUUCACAGAGACCGCAGAGGAGACAGGAGCGAGCUGGGAGCAAAUCAGUGACAGAGAGAGACUAAAAAAAAAAAAACUACAAAAACCCCAACAAAACAUAUCAACACAACCACAUAUAGGCUACACUGCCAGAGGCAACAAGCGGGACCGUCUUGCUGAGGCGAAACGCGGCGUCUUCCUCCACGCUGGCAUCUGGAGCAGAUUCAUUUGGCCUGAGCAGCUGACGUGGAUGUCCUGUGUGCCUGGUGUCAGAUCGAUGUUAAAAGUGCGCCGCGACUGAAGGCUCAGCUGGUUCGGAGAGGUCCUCCAUCAGCAAAGGCCUGCAGUGUGCGACUUUGCGUAGCAGCUUUUGGAGGAGUGCUAUGUAAGGGGAGUGACAAGUGGAGCACCGCAGGGCCGACGGAGGAGAUUUAUAUCAGCCGUGCCUAUUAUUCUGGCAUAACCCCCACACUGCAACGACAGAGACAGAGAUAGACAGACAGGGAUGCUCUGCCACUGACAAAGAGACAGAGACGGAUGAGACGCAAAAAUUGUACCAUGAUGAGAAAAGGACGAGUUCUCACACCAAGUGCAGACCAGUGGGCAAUGAGGAAGAAAGAAAAGAGGUGCUUGUCCAAUCAGAGAUGCAGAUGGCCACAGAGGACAUGAGUACCAGCCAAUCUGGCACCAAGAUGACCUCCACUUGCCAAUUAAUACAUAACAAAUCAAAUGUGACCCCCUAAUUAAACAACUGAUACAGUUUACCUAGACACACAUACUGCCAAUGAAGUGAUACAGCCCCAUCCCUGCACUCAUUUCUACUUUAAUAAAUCCAUUUCUAAUAAGAGUUUAACAGUUUAAAUUUGCGGAACCAGAGAAGCUGAGGAGAAGGAACAUUUGUCACACUGUGACCACACCGGAAGCAGAACAGACACAAAUCUGAAGUAAAAAGGCAACAACAAGUCACCAUACGCAGAGAUAUUAGUAUACAAAAACAAAGCCCUUAUAUCAUUUCAAAUGGCGGCAGCCUGCUUGAAUAAAUGUUAGAUGGCAAGCACCUCUGCACGGCUUUCUCCAAUGGAUAUUGCAACAACAUCCCAAAUGGCCCAGAGGACAGGACGGCAGAGACAUAACGUGACUGGAGGUUCUUCAUCGGCGGUCCUGUCCAGCGCCAGCUCCUUCCUCUGUUGGCUCACCCUGCUGUCCAUAAUGCGGUUGCCAAUGGUUACAGCUGACUGUUGGCUUAUCGAGGGGGAGAAGGGCUUUGUGUGGCUGGCUAUCUGCAGUAUGAACCAGCCGCCUUACGAGGCCAUCCCUGCCCACAUUAACAGCACCAUUGUGGACCUGAGGCUGAAUGAGAACAAGAUACGGUCGGUCCAUUAUUCUUCGCUCAGUCGCUUUGGCAACCUGACCUAUCUGAACCUCACCAAGAACGAUAUCAGCUAUGUGGAAGACGGAGCAUUCUCAGCACAAUUCAACCUGCAGGUUCUCCAGAUGGGCUUUAACAAAUUGAGGAACCUGACAGAGGGGAUGCUUCGAGGCCUGGGCAAGCUGCAGUAUCUCUACCUUCAAGCCAACCUCAUCGAGACUGUUACACCCAACACCUUCUGGGAGUGUCCAAACAUAGAGAAUAUUGAUCUCUCCAUGAACAGGAUCCAGGUGCUGGACGGCAGUUUGUUCUCUGGACUCUCUAAGCUGACGACCUGUGAACUUUACACCAACCCCUUCAACUGCUCUUGCGAGCUUCUGGGUUUCCUGCACUGGCUCUCAGCCUUCCCCAACAGGACCAGUGAGAGGAUGGUGUGCGACUCCCCUGUUGGAUUCUCUGGCUUCAACCUCCUGAGCCAGAACCCCCGCAUGGCUACCCAACGCACCGCUCUGCACGUGCUCAGUAUUGUCUGCACGGAGGACGGCAGCAGCGUGACACCUUUCUAUGCCAUAAGCUCGGCCGACUCCACCACCAUGUCCCCGGAUUCUGCCUCUCCCUGCGGAUUGGAUGAUUGUGCUUCUGGGACCCCUCCCGACGAGGUCAUCAGCUUGAGUCCCAUUUUCUCCGACACCAGUCCGCUCAUGACGCUAAAGCAGGUGCUACAUUCAAGCGCUGUGAUAACAGUUCAGAUCCCUCAUCCGUACAGGAAAAUGUACAUCCUGGUGCUUUAUAACAACAGCUUUUUCACCGAUAUCCAGAAUCUGAAAAGUCAAAGAGAAGAUAUCGAGCUCAAGAACUUAAAACCUAACACUGACUACACGUACUGUGUGGCCUCUAUACGGAACUCCCUGCGCUUCAACCACACCUGCCUGACCAUCUCCACCGGCCGUCGGGCGGGGGCUGAGAGGAUCGCCAAUCAGUCAUCAGCCACUCACUACAUCAUGACUAUUUUGGGCUGCUUGUUUGGCAUGCUGCUCUUCCUUGGCCUCGUUGUCCACUGCCUGAGGAAGAAGAGGAUCAUGGAGGAGAAGGAGAGGAAGAUGAGCAGGAUCCAGAGGACUCUGAUAGAGCUCAAGUACGGUGGAGAAGGGGAUAUAGAGGGCGGGAGUGGAGGAUCUGUGUCCCAGAAGCUUGCUGCUGGGGACAGUCUGUCCAGAAUGCCCUACCUGCCUCAGGGUGGUGAGAUUGAUCCAUACAAGCUGCAGGAGGUGAUAGAAACACCAGCCCACAAGCCUGCUAAACUUAACUACAUGGAGGUCAGAGGCUCUGGAAUAGAGAGGGAGAGAGAGCGAGAGAGAGAGAGGGAAAUGUCACCACAAGCAAAUCCCCAGGGCUCUGUAGCGGAGAUCUCUACGAUUGCGAAAGAAGUCGAUAAAGUUAACCAGAUCAUCAACAACUGUAUAGAUGCUCUCAAAUCUGAGUCGACCUCCUUUCAGCAGGGGAUCAAAUCUCCUUCUUCUGCAGGCGGAGGAGCUGUUUCCACUGCAGAGCCACAGCUGGUGCUUCUCUCAGAGCAAGGAGAGCGAGGAGAGAGAGGUAGUGAGUUCCUCUCCCCCGUGUAUAAAGGAGGGAGAGGAGGAAGAGAAGAGCGGGGGAGAAGCUACCAUCAUUCUCUGCAGCGGCAUCACAGCAUGGAGGCUCCGCCAACCUCCAAAAGGCCCAGCACGUCCUCUUCUCCUGGCUCUGCCCGCAGCCCACGCUCCUUCCGCUCAGAGGGAGGUUACCACUCGUCAGAGACGCGCUACAUCGAGAGGACCUCACCCGGAGAGAGAGGAGAGAGAGGAGAGAGAGGAGAGAGGGGAGGUGGGGGAGGAGAGGCCAUCCGUACAGUCACCCCGGCAGCGGCUAUCUUACGAGCAGAAGCCCAGAGAAUCCGCCAGUACAACGAACACCGCCACUCCUACCCCGGCUCCCAGCAGCACCUCCAGGAGCUGCAGCACCACCCUCAGAUUUUGCAGGAGCUCCACCACCACCCAGGGGGCCGUAAGCCCUCCGUGUUAGACCCCCUCACCCUCAGCAGGCAGGCCAAGCAGAGAGAGCUGGCCUACUCCCAGCUCUCGCCUCACUACCCACUCUCACCCCAGUACCACAACCUCAGCUACUGCUCCAGCCCCGAGGAAGACGAGGAGGAGGAAGGGCUCCUGUGCACCCCGACCCUGGGCUUGUGGGAGAGGUUCAAACUGCACCGUAAGAGGCACCGGCAGGCGUCAAUGGAGGACGAAGGAUAUGUGGCAGCCGGACAUGCUCUGAGGCGAAAAGUUCAGUUUGCCAAGGAUGAGGAUCUUCACGACAUACUGGACUACUGGAAGGGCGUGUCUGCCCAGCAGAAGGCCUGAACCCACGCCCGGAAACCCCAAACACUUUGAAGAUGGAAAAAUAGCACUGCACCCAUAACAUAUUGAUGCAGACACACACACUGAUACAAAACAAGACCUGUAAAUACACAUAAACACACACAACUUACAGGAUCUACAGACUCAAACUACACACACAACACUCACACUUUACACAAACUAAGCCUUUUCUUCUGAGAACAUAAAGGAGGACCAAACUAAUAUAUUAUAUUGAACAACAAAAAUCAUAACUUAUAGAGAGACUGAAUUACUUUUUGUAAUGUAAUGAAAAAUUAUAGCUCAGACUUAUGUAGCUAUUUGUACUAAGUUUUGAAUGAAGAGAAAAAAAAAAAAGAAUCAACAUUAAGAACAGAAACCUUAAAUGUUGCCGGGCAACCCAUCCCGAACAGCCUGGCUACGCGUUUGAUCUGACAUUCAUCAGUCCCGACCACGGCAUGUUAACCUCGCCGAUUCUCAUUACGUCUGCGGAUUGAUCAGGAUGCUUUGUGUCGCAGGGGGAGGUUGGUUUUUGCAUCGCGUCCUGCGAUGCGGCCCCGAGAGCAGACAUCUUGAAAGAUCUGCCGCCAUUGGGGAGAUUUAAAACAUCCAAAAAAGAAAUUCUGGAUGGGUCGCCAGGCAACAGAAAUAUUUAACUGUGCUGAGAAUGAGUAGGUAGCUCUCACCAGAGAGUGAGUAUAAUGUGCCAAAUCAACCAAGGGGAUAGUAGAGCCCUACUGUGUACCAACAUCUCCUCGCCACUGUUUUUAUAUACAGAAUUUAAAAAACCUAGAAUGAUAUGUUGUUAUUACUAUUAAUUAUUCUUAUUAUCAUUACUGGUCUUCUUAUUAUUCCUAUGAUCCUCAUCAUUAAUAUUCUAUUAUUUGAAUAUGGCAUGGCUCUGUCGUGUGACUGUGUUUUGACUGUUUUCGGCCUCUCAGCUGAGAGGUGCACACCAACAGAGACAAACAGUACGAUGGACAAGACAUUUGAGUUCUUCUUUUCUACCAAGAGGACUGUGCUCUCUGCUGAGCCAGAAACAAACCCGUCAUUUCUCUUGGAGAAACCCUUGCUACACCUGCUCCUCAUCCUCCUUAAAGAGGGAACGCUGUACAGACGAGAGAGAUGAAGUUCUAUAUUUGCAACAGAGGUGACUGUUUUGUUUGUACAACAUGGUUUUGAAAUCUUUCAGACUUUUCAGAAACCAGAAUCCCAAGUUAGUUACCUACCUGCUCACUUACAACGGUACGUUUUUGAUUUUGAAAUCGAACUAAAAAAAAAUUCUAAUCUUCAAAUGAAUGUCUUCAAUUCCCACAGGGGAAACAUAUCUGCACUGUUCAAAAUCAAAAAACGACUCUUAGGAAAAGACCUAAAACUCUCAGCUUCCUUCCCGAUACACUGUAGCUCCACUGUGUUUCAUCAACAAUUCACCCCCCACCCCUCCCCCCUCUUUCUCCACCUAUCUCCCAAGUUUUUACUUUUUACGUUUUGGAUUCCUCUGGUUCCACUGUGCCAACUUGAUAAAUCACAAAGAAGUAUUUGAAAAGAUUUUAAAUACUACUAUUUACAGACCUCUUCCUCCUUCACAUUGAUACACAUCAGUUUGCCAAACAGAACAAACGAUUUGCACAAAAACGAUCCACCACCAUUGGCUCACUGCUCCCCAUUUCUAUCCUCCAAUCAUUUCUAAAGACCAAAGUACUGUGGUAGUAAAUUGACCCUUAUAAAAACCCCUGACCUGGCCCCCUGACCUGACUAUUUACCCACCAUCACCCUUACAGUUGCUACUUUAGCACAUGUAUACACGCGCAUCCAAGUGUACUCAUGCACACACACACACACACACAACUCCAACCACACACAGAUGAAUGUAUUCUCUGAGAAAUCAAUACUGUUUUAGCAGCUGGUUUUUCUGUUUCUGAUAUAUGAGCUGUAUUCAAAAAACAGUGUCUUCAUCUGUCUGGCAGAAAACUUUCAUCAGAUGGCCACUUGUGUUUCAGUAUUGGAGAUAAAUAAGGAAUACUUGGCUUUCUAAAAAAAAAAAAAAACAACAAACAACUAAAAAAUCUGACCAAAUUUUUCUCAUGGACAACUUCUCUCACCAGUUUGUGUCACCAACUGAACCAAAUGUUGUCGACAAGAAGCCCAAAAUUGCAGCUGCAGACGGCUAUUGAAGUAAUACAAUGAUGGGGUUCUGCCUUAUCAAAGGUUUUCAAAACUGAAAAAGCUCUUGGUAUAAGAAGUGUUAUAGUAAUGUAAUUCGUAUCACUUGUGUGGUGAAAAAAAAGAAAAAAAAAGAAGAGACUUCAUGUAUAUCUGCAAUAUCUGCAGGAUCUAAACAACUGGAGGCUGAAAAAGAGGAAAAUGUGACGACAAAAAUACUGCUGUUUAUUCUAUACAGAACUGUGCUACAACAACUCAUUUAAGAAGACUGUGACCGAAGGGAUUGGAGUCAAGAACAUUUCAAUUCAGUGGAUUUUUGAGUGUAACGAGCUCGUAGUGUUCGCAGUACUGACAGAUAAUUCGUAAUAACAAACACCUGACUGACGGAAUCGCGCCCCCACCUCGCUUUCUGAAUUGAAACAGAAUUGACUCCAACCUAGAGACAGCACUGAAAAACUACACAAUAGAAACAACAGAAGCUGGCAAACAAUGAUAAAGUUUAUUGGUGAAUGGAAACACUGUAUAAAAUAUUUUUUCUCUGCUAUAAUGAGUUCAGAAUGCUCAAGUCAUUAAGCCCAGUUAAAGCCAUAAUCGUGGGUUAGUGAAAUCACCACAGCUGUUCGUAGCACUGAAAAAGCACAUUGAAUUGUGUGAUUAACAAAAGAAUAAAUAAAAAGGCAAGUUAUUUUCCCUCCCCUCUUACUGCAGCAGCUACGACAUGAAUCCUCUGCUUCUGCAGCAAACAGCUCUGAUCCAAAAGGAAACUGAUGAGCCGCGGUUGUUUCUGCAUCACACGUCCCAGAUUGUGGCUUUAACUAAACAACAGCCUUAAAACAUUUGAUUUUCUUUAAUCUUUUUAACUUUAGCAUUGCUUUGAAAAAUCCAAAAAAAAAAAAAAAAAAAAUCCUUGUUUCUUAACUUAUACUUUCCUGACUGCAAUUUUGUAAUUGCUUGAUUCUUAAGCCUCACUUGAGCAUUCUUUGAGUAACAGUAAUAUCAAUGUAGCGAUGUAUUAAACUACUGUUUUUGUUUUUUUUUUUUUUGUUUUUUUUUCCCUUUCUGUUUAUGAACAAUAAUGGCCUGAAUUCAUCACGUGUCAGAGAGUAGCAGAGCUCGUCUAGAAUCAGACGACAACGAGCCGGCGGUCAAGGCGUCCAGUCGACGGCGGUGACCCCACCAGCGCUGCUGCUCUUUGAAGCGUGAUGAAGAGAAACUGUGUUUUUGAAACAUCAAUGCCUAGAAAGUGGAAACAAAUAAGAGGUCCUUCUGACAGCAGACAGAAAUGACAAUGGAGCAUGCUGCAAGGAAAUCCUCAGUGGAAGCUUGUGUUACAUUCUUCUGGUGAAUGACUCAGGAGUGAGAGAGCAAGAGAGAGAGAGAGAGAGAGAGAGAGAGAGCGAGAGAGAGAGAAAGAGAGAGAGAAAGUGAGAACGCUCUGCCAUAGGAUUUCUCAGAGGCUUUCUUUAUUUUCUUGUCAAAAAAGUUUAAAUGAGCACAAUAAAAUAGCCUUUCUUUCA